AUGACGAUCUCAGAGGAAUUCGCCACAAGGAAUUUCAGUAUAUACGCGCAAUGGACGGGCGUAAUCUGCAUGUUACUCUGCUUUGCGCUUGGCAUUGCAAACAUGUUCCACCUCAGUCUGAUUAUCCUAUUCAGCGCGCUCUGCCUGGUAUCGUCAUUCAUCAUCGUCUUCAUUGAGAUCCCGCUCCUCCUGCGAGUCUGCCCUACCUCGUCGACAUUCGAUGAAUUCAUGCGGAGAUUCUCGACGAACUACAUGCGCGCCUUGAUUUACUUCGUCAUGGGUGCCAUCCAAUGGAUUAGCAUUGCAGUUGGCGUCACAUCUCUCAUUGCUGCCGCCGCGCUGUUGACAAUUACGGCUGCGCUAUAUGCGGCGGCCGGCCUGAAGGGACAGGCAUUCACCGGCAGCAAGACCCUCGGCGGACAAGGCGUUGCGCAGAUGAUUGUGUAG